GCUACGACUUGUGAACGCGCCCAUUGAAUUAUGGAUUUGGAUAAGGAAAUAGUGCCUGUCAACGCUGUCAUUUUUUGACAUCUGACAUACUGUCAGCAGUUGUCAUUUCUUUUUAAAGUUAUUCGCAAUUUUUCUUUCUGAAAAAAAUAGAAUAUUUGUUAAUUUGCCCAGUUUUGCUAAUACAUAAUUGAAAAUAAAAAAAAAAUCGAAUCGGAAAAGGGGACAGCGUCACUCCUAAUGUAAUUCUCUAAAGGUUGAAAAUGUCCAACUUUAACUAUAUCGACAGAGUUCCUGUUAAAAUAGCAGAGAACUUUAAGCCACCGCCAAGAUUAUAUCAACUGCCACUGGUCAUAGUGCAUAAAUUACAAUUACCAGCAAACCAUUACAAUGAUGCGCCGCAAUAUUCGUAUGAUUUUCAGCUGGAACGGAAGGUACUUACCAAAAUGCCCGAAUGGCGACGUAUGCGACAACUAGAGCGUGAAGCACGUAGAGAUCGGAAAGAGCGCCGGGAACGGGAAAAGUUGCAUGAAUUAGAGUCGAAAAAUAAGCAGAUGCUGGGAGCUGUAAGUUAUCCCAGUGCUGAUGAUCUGUCUAGUUCUGAUAGUGACUCAGAAGAGCAAAAAGACGAUAAGCAAAUAAAUGUUGCAAAUAGUCCUGAUCUAGAGCAAACAUCGGUUUUACGUACCCAAAUCAGUAGCUUUCACAAUAUACUGCAACCUACAAUUUUAUCCAUAGGGGAUGAGAAAUUUCAAAUACCAAAUGGUUUAUCAGUUGAAGGUUUGCAAUCACAUCCCAAAAAUGGAAAGUAUUCGGGCGGCUCCAAGGAGGUCAAUGCAUUUAACUAUAAAGACUUUGAAGAAGACACAUCGUCACCUUUCGAUAAUAUUGAACUUAAAACAAUUAAUGAUUUGGAUAUUUUAGCACAAGUGCUGCAUAAUACGCAGCUGCAUACGCAAAAAAAUCCAAUUAAAGAUGAAUUAUCGGAAAAGUCGCCAGAAGAGGAACCUAAGGAAAUUGAAGUAGAUAGUAUUAAAUCCCAGCUAGAAUCCAAAGAGAAUACUCGUAAUACUAAUGUAUAUAAAAUAAUAUCGAACUCAAAAGACAACUUGCCACAGGAUAGGGACUUUGAAGGUUUAGAAAAUAACAAGACGUCGCUACAAAGAGUCAGUUUUGAAAAUUAUGGACAGCAAGGUUGGUGCGAUGUAAACAUUCCAAAUGCAAUCAUAACCAACAAUAGCAUUACUAGUACUGCAAAUUUUAUUGGUAAUCAUUGCAACAUAUCGACGUGUACGUCUUUUGCUCCAUCAAAUCAGCAAGAAUCUACCCAGCAACAAUCCUAUUCAAUGGCUUAUGGUACACUUUAUAAUAGCCAUGUGGAGCCACAAUUAUCACAGCAUUAUACAAAUUUGAAUGUUCACUCAACACAUUGCACCCCCGCGACAUCCGGUAAUCAAAAUUAUUUUUAUGCACCCGCCUACAAUGGCAUCUCUUCCGAAUAUUGCAGUCCCAGGCAUAUGCAGCAACAUAGCACGAAUGUAAAUUCUACAUAUUUGAGCAGCAACAUAAAUAACUACGGAAGUUCGACAUCUGUCAGCAAUGGUAUACACUUGCAGCAACAUCAACAACUUCAGCCAACGAAUGAAUAUAACGAAUUAAAUUCAAAGUCGAAGAGCGUGCCAGAUAUAUUAAAGGAGUUAAGCGAUGAAGUGCGAAAUUCGGAAAUUCGCAGAUCUCGUUACUACAGUUUCAACUCUGAAGAAGGAAAACAAAAUGAUGAAAAGCAAGAUGUGGAUGAAGAUAUAACCCCGAAGCAGUCGCCAGUGAAAGUACCUAAAAGUUCACACGAUACAAAUUAUUAUGCCGAAUUGUCACCAGCUGCGCAGAGAUUAGUUAAAAAUAUAAGCUCAAUGGGAUUUCCACUACAACGUGUGGCAAAGAUUUCACAAGUUUUCGGUACAGAUGACAAGAAGAUCGUUGAACAUUUAAUACCGCUGAGUGAGCUAAUGGAUCUGGGCUUUGAUGAAGCAAAAAUCUCAGAGGCGCUGAUAAAAUUCGAUAAUAAUAAGGAAAAAGCCUUGGAGUAUUUAAUUUCAUAAUUGUGUCCAAACGAGUCGUAUAAUGCAUCUAGACAUUUACGUAUAUUAGUAUCAUCACAUUGUGUAUGCAUGUAUUAUUCUUAGAUAAAACAGUUAUCAUAUAGCAUAUAUGUAUAUAUUAUAUUAUUUUUGUGCAAAUAAUAACGAACCUCGGAAGAAUUUCAAAACCA